CGGCGGUGGCAGCGGCUGCGGGCAGCGCGCGCAGGACGCGGGGCGCGGCGCGCGAAGGCGAACGCCAUCCGGGCUUGGGCAGCUGGCAGUGGGCAAUACAGGCUCCCCGGUGCCCGCCCCUCCGCCGGGAGGGGGGCGCGAGCGGGCGGCCGGGGAGGGGCCGGCACCGCCGCGGCAAAAAUGAGCCUGCUGUCGGCCAUCGACACGAGCGCCGCCUCGGUGUACCAGCCGGCCCAGCUGCUCAACUGGGUCUACCUGUCGCUGCAGGACACGCACCAGGCCAGUGCCUUCGAUGCCUUCCGGCCCGAGCCUCCUGCUGGCGCCGCGCCCCCGGAGCUGGCCUUCGGCAAGGGCCGCCCCGAGCAGCUGGGCUCGCCCCUGCACUCCAGCUAUCUCAACAGCUUCUUCCAGCUGCAGCGCGGAGAGGCUCUGGGCAGCAGCGUGUACAAGAGUGCCUCACCCUAUGGCUCCCUCAACAACAUCGCAGACGGCCUCAGCUCCCUCACAGAACACUUCUCAGACCUGGCCCUCACCUCCGAGGCCCGCAAGCCCAGCAAGCGGCCCCCACCAAACUACUUGUGCCACCUGUGUUUCAACAAAGGCCACUACAUCAAGGACUGCCCCCAGGCACGGCCCAAAGGCGAGGGUCUGACCCCGUACCAGGGCAAAAAGCGCUGCUUUGGAGAGUACAAGUGUCCCAAGUGCAAGAGAAAAUGGAUGAGCGGGAACUCGUGGGCCAACAUGGGGCAGGAGUGCAUCAAGUGCCACAUCAACGUGUACCCGCACAAGCAGAGACCCUUGGAGAAGCCCGACGGCCUGGACGUGUCUGACCAGAGCAAGGAGCAUCCGCAGCAUUUGUGUGAGAAGUGCAAGGUCCUCGGCUACUACUGCCGCCGCGUGCAGUGACAGCCACCACCGUUGCCUGUCGCACCCUGCCAGCCGCCAGGCCUGCCUCCCAGGCUGCUUAGCGGGACUGCGAGGCCCCUGGCGGGGCUGGGAGAAGGGGCAACCUUCCCAGGCUGUGGGCCUGGCAGGGGGCUACUGGAGGCCUUGUCUUAUGUGUGCUGAGAAGUAGUUUGACAGCUGAGCUGCAGCAGGCAGGGAGGGGUUCGCAUUCUGUACGGUGUUCCCCGGGGCUCUGUGCUCUGUGGAGAAGUAAAGGCAGAGGGCAGAGCCAGGAACCCCUUCCCCGGCCCCCAGACCCUUCUUUCUAAGUGAGCAGCCUUGUCUGGCCACCAGCACACUAAAUGAACUGUGAAUCCUGAGAUCUGUAGUGGGGGGGGGGCGGGGUCAUCUCCCCAAGACCAGCCGGACCAGCUUAGCUCCCACCAGAAUUUUCCAGCGUGCCUAUGUGACAAGCCCCUCCCUGACUGCCCUUGUUUCCAGUGGUUCACCGGCACUCACAGGAAGCAAGCACCUGUUCUAGCCCCUGCUGGGAGGGGCCUCUGUCCCCACCAACACUCAGCCCCAAGCCCUGCUCACCUGUGAUGUCACUGUGCGCACACACACACACACACACACACACACACACACACACACACAGCCUCAGGGGCCACAAGAGCCUGGAAGGCAGAGGGCCGAAUAUCCGGCAGUGCUCUGUGUGCAUCACUGUGCCCCCUCUUUACAUGACUCCCCCUGUCCAGAAACUGCCACAGGCUUGGGUCCUGCAAGUCCCAUUUCCUUCUCUCCCCUUGGCCUCUCAUCCCCACUGGGGGAGGAGGCAGUGACCCAACCAGUGCUACGAGGCCCCCAUAUAGAAGCUUCCCUAGAAGGAAGGACUCAGGUCUGACAUUCACCUGGGGCAAAGACGCCUCAUCUCCAGCCUCAGUUUCCCUGUCAGUUAGUGAGUAACAUCCGACAGCCAUGUUGUCGGGGUACCUCUCUGGACAGAGAGCUUUCUUUGGGGAGAAGCCCAGGUUUGGGAAGGGGGGACUCCUGUCAGGCAUGCCCCAGUUGGUCCUUUAGGAAGUCAGGGUGAGGGAAGCAGAGCCCACCCUGUGACCCCUGUGACUGUGUCCCCCUCCCUACCAUCAUGAAAAAGGACCCUCUCUUUACCUGGGUGCCCCCAAGCCCUUCCAUCUGGGGGGGAGGGGUAAUGCCUGAAACAGACUGCAGAGCCUUUCAUUUGAAAACCGGGGACAGUGAUAUCCUCCUACCUCCUUAGGGGGCUGAGAGGCGUCUGAGCAUCACAGGGCAAGGGCACCCCCUGUUCCCACCCAAGUAGACAUGUACCCCCUCCCUCCCCAGAGAGAAGGCCCAGUCUCUCGGUGGUCUUUUUUCUCCCUGGGGAGAGAGAAUCAGCAACCAGGAUUGGUGGCUUGAUUCCCAUCUCCACCCCCAACACUACAACUCUGUAGGAAAAAGAAAAAGGAAAAAAAAAAAAAAAAGAAAAAGAAAAGAAAGAAAGGAAAAGAAAUCAGACCACAAAAUGGUCCUGAAAUUCAAAUGUUUACCAGGCUGGAGCACACCCAUCUGGUGACCAGUCGCCUUCUGUUUGCAAGUGAGCGUGCUUUGUACAGUUGAAGAGUUACCGUGAAGUGUUAGCCAAGGUCCAGGGAGCGAAUGAACAAGACUGAGCACUUCCACAGCCCGAGCACUGCAGGAUGGGUUGGUGGGGGGGGGCAUGUCCUCUGAGCACUUAGCAGCAGCACCCCUGAACCCCUCAGAGGCAGCAUGCCCACUGCAGACAGGCAGCUUCAGCUCCCUCUCGGGACUGUCACCCAGGCCUCUCAGCCCAGCUGCUCCCCUGGGAGAAGCUGGGUGGCCUUGACCCACUGUUUUUGUCCUCCAGAGGAGCUGUUGCUGUCAAUCAUCCUCCUGAGUGUUGGGGUGGGGAGAAAGGCAUUGUGCUUAUCUCAGCUGUGAGGAUGACCAGGGCUUGGGGGUCCCUUGAUCCAAGGAUAUCUGGGGCCUGCCAACACUGUUACAAAAGCAGGGGGGGAAGCCCAGCCCUGCACAGAACGCAGACUCCAGACCGCAAGAGGCCAGGCCAGCAGGAGAGCUUUUACCCCAAAGUGACCUUUUUUUUUUUUUUUUUUUUCUUUCUGGUAGCUGGUCCAACUGGCAGUCAUUACCCUAUAAUGACAUCUGUGCAGGCCCCGCCUCCCCCACCACCUCCGCAGGGGCGGCCGCCAUGCCUCCUUCUCGCUGCUGACUGACUGGGGAGCCUGCUAGGGUCAGCAAAAGACACCACAGCCCAGGCCAGUGCUUAGAGAGAAUUCAGUGCUCAGAGGAUCUGGUAGCCCAGGAGACAGGAUAGUGUGCCGUCGCAAUUAAGUUCAAAAGGGACAGUUGCUUGUAUUAAGUAGAUCUAGCGAUCGAGUUGAGAGGUUAUAGUGGGUGCCAUACAUAUGAAGUACUCAUAGCUCUAUUUGUGAAUUUGUAUUUAUUUUGAGUUAUACUUGACACAGAAUUCCUUUUUAAAAAACAAAACAAAACAAAAUAAAAACACCAUGUGUGUAUUAUGAGGGGGAAAAAUUCACAGAUGUUAACAUUUCUGACCAGUUUUUGUCACAACACUGAAUUUGGUAGCUUCUCAUGGAAAAAAAUCUUUACAGUGAUUUUUUUUAUCUGUAUAUAUUUGAGGACCUUUUAAAGAAAAAGAAAAAGAAAAGGAUGAUGAUGGUUUGAUAUUUUUUAGAUUUUAAAAAGCAAUUAAA